GCCACGUCAAAGUGUUAACGUAGGCUGUACCAGGUUUCGCGUCCUCCGUCGUCUCAUCGGCUGCCAAUUGUACUGUCAUCAUUUCGUAACUCUGCAUGCCGCUAUUCUGAUCCAAGGGGAAACCGUCUUCUCCUUGGGCUUCUUCAAGAACCCGGGCCGCAGCGAUGGCUUCUUCGAAUGCUAGCGGCGAUGAAGCGCCGUCACCGUUGCUUGCGCCCGUCCCUGCUCUUGAUCCUCACCACGACCCCUUCAUAACCACCACCUCUCCCCUCUCGUCGUCCCGCCAUCGCUUCUCCAACUUCGACUCGCAGCUAUUCGCUUUAGGUCCCAAUGCUUCGCCGGCUCAGGCGAAGCGUGCCCUAGAAGCCCACCUUGCCGAGACCGAUCGGAGGAUGGAGGAGGCUGGCAAACUGGGGACCGCCCUGGUCCAGCAGCGCAAGGAGCUCAGCGAGCGAUUGGUGGAGGUCGAGAAGUUGGAGGCCGAAGGAGAGCUCUCUGACGAUCUGCGCCAGAAGCUCAUCGAUAUCGAGAAAGACUACAACGAAGUGGCCAAGGAGAGCGCGCGAGCCUUUUUGCCGAAGCAGAGAGUCCCCAGCAACGAAGCUGCUGCCGGGUCACCGUUCGUGCCCGAGGGUAAAGGCGGUCGGCGUUCUGUUAGCCCGUCCAAGUUCGAGGGUCAGGCAACUGGUUCUCCGUCUAAAUUCAGCGUUCCGAACCGCAAAGUACGAAACCAACCUGCCAAUCGAAUUCACGACAUCGAGUUUGCUGCAGAGAUCAGCACGUCUCUCAUCGCACAAGUACGCAACUUGCAGGGCCUGCUAGCUGAGAAGGAGGAGGAGCUGAGGGAGAUCCGGGCCGAGAGAUCUAAGCUCGAGUAUGAGGUUGAGUCAUUCCAACAACGCGUAAAGAAUCUCGACGAGAGUGAGCAUCGAUACAAGGAUGAGAACUGGAAUCUCGAGACGCAAGUCCACGACCUGCUGGCCAAGGAGAGGGAGACCCUGGAUCGCGAGAAGAAAUUGGCACAGUCCUUGAAUAUUCUCCAGGCCGAGAAGAGUAAGGCACAGAGGGAGCUGGAUGAAGUCAAGGUGAACUAUGCUCGCCUUACCGAUGAGUAUGCUGCAGCCGUGAAACAGCACGAUAUCGAACUGGGUACCACCAAGCGCAGCCUCGUCAUUGCUGAUGCCGAGCGCGCCUCUUUGCGGAGAAGAAUCGAUGAUCUGACGGGUCAGAAUCAAGAGUUGGCUAAAGCCGUCUCGGCGUCGCAACGGGCGAGGAUCAUCGAGCGUGAGUCCAUCCUCGGCAUGGGCGAGGGAGAUCCCGAGGACGCGCAUGACCGAUCGACACCUGAGCAUUCUCCUCCCCCGUCGCCAGUAAAGGGGACGACGCCGAGACACUCUAUGCUGGAGUCGGAAACGCUCAAGACCUCUCUCGGACACGCCCAACGCACCAUUCAAGGAUUGAGAAGCAACGUUCACCGAGAGAAGACCGAAAAGCUGGAGUUGAGACGUAUGCUCCAGGAGGCCCGUGAUGAGAUUGAGAAAUUGCGUAGCGAACCCCCGCCGCCGACCCGACGCGCGCGCAAGGCCGAAUCGAAGGAGUUUAAGAAAGUUGCCCGAUUACUUGGCGGCCUGCGUACCAUUCGAAGCGAUUUCUUUUCGGAAGACUCAAGCUGGGAGGAUCAGCCAGAUUCCGCUAGCCCGACUCGGUCUUCGCUGCGAUCGCGAGGAUCUAGCACGUUCAAGUCCUUGCCGGAUGAAACUGAGAUAUUCGAGCCUGCCCAGGAGACGAGCGACGCAGCGUUCGAAACCGCAAACGAACCCGAACCCCCAACCGAGACGGAUGACUUCCAUACUGGCGCCGAAGACUUCUCGAGCGAGGAUGAUGAGGACGCCGAAACCGAGACGGACAGCCCUACAAAGCGUCGUACACCUAGAAAUAGGCAGCCGACCUUCUCCGGCUUAGUCCGUAGCGGGUCGUUGCACAGUACCGCGUCGACCGAAGACGAAGAGGAUUAUCCUUUUGGCCAAGGCGCGAGAACGCCUACCAUGCUGCCAGCGUUGCAGCCUAGGUUCCCGCUCCGUGUAGGCCGAGGUGUUCUCCGUCGUCCCAGGGCGAUAAGCGAAGACCCUUCAUUCCACAGUAGUCCUCCCAGCCUUGCAAACAGCAGCGUCACUGGCACCCCGAGGCAACAUGUCCAAAGCCUCGCGGCGGAAUUGGGCGACUUCGAUGCUAGCGACAACGAAUCGAAUCUUUCCGGUACCCCGGGCCGGAGAUCUAUAAGAGGCCGGACUACGUCUCCACUGCCCCCGGUUCCGCCGCUGCCUAGGGUCCUCAUGAUCGACAGCGGUACGAUGACUGACGGAUUCCUAGGGUCAUCGCCCUCGUCUAAUGCCAGUGUUAUCGGUCCCAGCGUUCCGUUUUCUGCACGUGAUGGUGGAGCGAGCCUUCUCUCUGCCUCGUCAUCUUAUAAUUCCGCCACUCAAAACAUGAACGAAAACCUCGCCAGAUUUCCAUCGCCUCCUACGUCGCCGCCUGCGAGAGAGCUUGGCCCCGCAGCCAACAUCAGUCGUUCGGCUGUUCCUCAACCUAACGCUGUUGCCGCCGAGAUUGCAGCUCUGAAAGCCGAGCACCAGAAGACCUUAGAUGAGUUGAGCACUGAAAAGGCGGCUGCCUACAAUGCUGCGCUGGAAGAGCUUAAGACGCAACACGUCGAGCAAUUGGCGAAACUCCGUUCCGAAGCUAGCGACGCCCACCUUCAAGAGAUCAACCACCUGAAGUCCAGCCAUACCGAUGAGGUUAGCAGGGCCAUCGCCAACGUCGAGGCUACCCAUACGCGGGAUCUUGAAGCACUUCGGUUGAGUCACUCAGAGGAGAUAAGCAAGUCCGCAGCCGACGCCCGUGACGCCCGCGCGCGCGAAAUUGAAACUCUCACGUCGAAUCAUGCAGAGGAGAUCAACAAGGCCAUCUCGGAAACUCGAGCCGCCCAUUCCAGACAGCUAGAAAGUCUCCAGUUAUCCCACGCUGAUGAGAUUAGUGAGGCUAUUGCCAAGGCCCGUGCAGUCCAUGCCCAGGAGAUUGAAGAGCUGCGAUCUAGCUUCGUUGACCAAGAAGCUAAGAUUACGGCUGACAGUCAGGCUGCUCAUGCCCAGGAAUUAGACGCUUUGAAGGCUGACUUUGUCGAGAAGCUAUCUCAGAAAGAGCUGGACAUCAAGGCUGCUCACAAUGCUGAAUUGGAGUCUCUCACCUCCUCUCACGUGGAGCAGAUAGCCGCACGAGAAUCCGCGAUCAAAUCCGCACAUGCGGUUGAACUUGAUACUCUUAAAGCUAACCACGCUAGCGAGUUGACCGCUUUAAAGACAAGCGGCGAUGCUCGUUUCGCCGCCGAGACUGCCUCUUUAGCCGCCGCCCACUCUAACGAGAUCGACUGUCUCAAGAAUGAGCUCUCUGACACUCAUGUUAAAGAGCUGGAGAAUCUGAAAUCCGACCACACGAAGCAGCUCGAUCUUGCGAUGCAGAGAUCUGAUGAGGCUCACGCACAGGAACUCGAGUCGUUAAAGGCGACUUACCUGCAGCAGGUUGAAGAAGUUAGAGUGUCAUUAGCCACUGCGCACACCGAGGAGCUUAACGCGGUGAAUGCCGCUCACGCUGCCUAUGUGGAGACCCUGAAGAAGGAUUUCGAGGCUCAGCAUACCAUUGGGAUUUCCGCCCUCGCCGCAUCCCAUAGCAAGGAACUCGAGUCUAUCAAAGCUGCUGCCGAAGCAACAUUGGUCAAGGAACUGGCGGCCCUCAAAGAGAAGCAUGCGCUGGAGAUCGACUCAUUAAAUAGCCAGCACGCUGCUACCCGUGCGAAGGAGCUAGGGGCUUUCAAGGCUGCCAUCGAUAAGCAAGUUGAGUCUUCCAAGACCGAGGGCGAUGCGGCGCACACUCAACAAAUUGAGGCCCUUAAUGCCGCUCACGCAGAGGUUCUGGAAGCUCAGAAGCGCGAUAGCGAGAAGUCACAACUGCAGGCGAUAGAAUCGCUGAAGGCCGCACACGAGCGACGCAUCGAGGCGCUGAUGAGCGAGAAUACCGUCGCGAGGUCCAAGGAGCUAGAGGGCGCCGUGUCCGCGCACCUCGAAGAACUGGAGGCAUUGAAAAAGGAGCAUGAGACCGCCAGGGCCCAAGCGCUAGAGGGCCUUGCCGCCGCCCACUACCAGCAAAUCGAGGAAAUCCGCCAGGAUCACCUGAAGGCAAUAGCAUCCUUGAAAACGGAAUUUGAGUCGUCAAAUGCCUCUGAAAUUGCUGCUCUGAACGCCAAACACACUCACGAUCUGGGCGUACUCAAGAGCGACCAUGGGGCAGCACUGUCAGCUAAGUUGCACGAAUUAUCGACCAGGCACACGCAAGAGUUGGACAGCCUUCGACAGGAAAAUGACCAGGCGAAACUCGCGGCGCUAGCGUCCCUAUCGGCUGCACAUGCUAGUGAAAUCGAAAGCUUGAGGGCUCGGCACGAAGAAGCACAGUCUCAGAGACUACAGGAACUAGCGGGCGACCAUUCCCGUGAGCUAGAACGUCUGCGGCAAGAAAGUGACAGGGCGAAGUCCAUAGCGCUGGCAGCGCUGGCAGCGUCCCAUGCCGAAGAGCUCAAGGUUCUUCAGACGCAACGUGAUGAGAGCCAGUCACAAGCUCUCGAGACACUCCGUGCUAGCCAUUCAGAACAAUUGGCCCAGCUCAAGAUCGACGCCGAUGCGGCACUCUCCAGAGAACUUGAAGCUGCUCGGGUCGUCCACGCAAACAUUCUUGAGUCUCACAAGAAGGACAGCGCGGAGGAGAUAGAGAGGCUUGUAGCUAUCCACGCCGCGGAACUCGAAGCUCUCCGGAAGUCGUUGGCCAGACCAGCUCCCGCUCUAGGCAUUUCGGAAUUGAAGGCGGUUGAGACGGAACCGGCUGUAAGAAGUGAAAGCUCCGCCGUUACCCGUGAAGGCCGUCCAAAGACGCCGACAUCCUCCGCGAUAGGAUUCUUUGGAAGGAAAGGCAAAAAGAUACCCACGCCAGAAAUCGCCGAGGAUGACACGCGCCAAUCCCCGAGCGCCACCCCCGGUCCAGAGACGCCAGAAUCUCAGCAGCCAUUCAAGGAGAUUUCUACCAACAUCGACGUCCGCCUGUCGCGCAAGCAGGCAACCGACACUGCUGACCAAAGCUCACAGACUGCGCUGACAUCAGAUGGACUCGAGCAGUUGAUAAAACACCAAGACGUCGCAACCCUGGAUCCAGUCAAAAUCGCCACUGUUCGAGGUGACGUCGCCGCGACUACGCCCUCUGGCGAGGCCAAAGGAAAGCCGAGGAGCGGCGACACGGUGGUUGCGUCCGCACCUGAAUCGAUCUCGGCACGACGACCUGACAGCUCAGCCAGCGCCCGAGGCUCUGCAGCGAAUAGACCCCCGCUACCUAGUCAUCAUCGGGAAACCAUCGAGGCCGCACGCACAAACUCUCUCGGCGGGGGCAAAGGGUCAAUGGGCCCUCCAGCACUCCCAGCGUCGGCUUUCCGAGGCCCCGGAUCACGACCAGACACUCCUAGCAGCAGACGCCCCUUGUCUCCUACCUCCGCCAAGGGUACACCGACACUCCGAGCUGGCAGACACUCGGUGGCGGGCUCGGCAGACAUGCAUCACUCGCAAAAGCAACCCGCUCCCAGUAGACAAUCGUCAGUGUCGUCCUUUGUAUCCGAGGUGGACACGAGGUUCAAUAAUCCAAGCGAGAUGGGUAUGGAUGUGACAAGUCUCGGAACCGAUCCUCGCAUGAUCCAAGCCAUCACUCAGACCAUGAUUGGAGAGUACAUGUGGAAAUACACGCGCAAGGCUGGUCGCGGAGGAAUGUCCGAGAACAGACACAGACGGUAUUUCUGGGUGCACCCCUACACAAGAACGCUAUACUGGAGCAAUGGCCAUCCGUCUGCUGCUAGCCGUUCCGAGCUGAAGACCAAGAGUAUUCCGAUCGAGGCCGUCCAUAUUGUGGGCGACAACAACGUUAUGCCGCCGGGACUUCACCAGAAGAGCCUCGUCAUCAAAUCUCCAGGCCGAACAGUCAAGCUCACGUGCACUACAGGCCAAAGGCACGAGACGUGGUUCAACGCACUUUCAUACCUCUUGCUUCGGACAGGGGACGAAAACCAGGCCGAGACCGAAGACGGGACCCUUCCCGUUACCCAGGAGGACGUGGACGAGUUUAACCCAUCGGCCUCUCGACGACCUGCGCCUAGCACCCGUACGCGACCACCCCCGUCCUUGUCCUCGUUCAACUCUAGGACUAUCCGAACCGACUCCCCACAAUUGGACAUGUCCAUGAGCAUCCCCACGCUCACACCAACGCGCGAGAGGGAACUUGCCCGCAGCGGCACGAUGGGGAGGCUAAGCGGCUACUGGAGAACCAGCACGCUAGGUGGCACGUUUAGCAGCCUGAGCAGCCUGAGAAGCAGGAGCCACAUUCCCCACGAGUCUAUCUACGAGGCUAGCGAAGUGCGCGACAGCGCCGAGGACGUGCGGCAGAUAAUCGAGCAGCAGGACCGAGAGUCCGACCGGCUCGAGAACGUGAGAGCAUGCUGUGAUGGAAAACACGACGUCGGGACCUUGUCUCACACUAAGCGUGGCGGUCGUGUCUCCAACGCUCACUCGCAACUGGGACGGUCGACGACACCGACGCCGGCGGGUACCCUACGGUCUCGCGCCUAGUCGGACAAGCCAGCAGACACAUCAAGGGCUGGAACAGGUUCCCUCCCGGGCCCCGCCCCAGGCACGGUUUUUAUAUUCUCGUCAAUCGCUCGCUAUACCACUUAGACCUUUCCUUUCGCUGCUACGAAGACCAGUCAUGGAUUCUCACGACGCUCACGACUCGCAUAUUUUCCCUUGCACAUUCUUUAAUUUGUUCCCAUCUGCAACUCCAACCUGU